AGCCGGCAUUGCAUUCCUCAGAUUUUCGUCUCACUUUUUAUUUGUAUCACUUAAAUCUCACAGGAAGUAUUCUGGUGGUGUUUUGGGGUUGCACGCUCGUCUUUACACAAGAUGUAGAGGACGGAACAUGCAAGCAGUGACUCACAAUCUGGUGUAAAAUAUUUUUCAUUGAAACACAUUCCAGUCUCUGAUAUUUGUGGCUGCGAGUCGCCCACAUUUGUUGUCUCACCACCUGUGCUUUAAAACAAAUGCCCUCCUUUUGGAAGCGCUCUGUGUUUGUGUGUGUUUGUGUGUGCCCACUGAUGCAAACACACAUAUAAAAUCAGUAGUUGCAUACAUGAUGAUGGAGGUGUGUAUCUCUGCAUCCAUGUGGGAGUGUGAUACAUGAUUCCUUAACCAAUCAAAUGCCCAUGUCACAGUGAGGGCCACAUCUAUAAAGCGACUGUGUAUUUAUGUAUAUAUAUGUGUAAGAGAAAGAGAAAGAGAGGAGUGACAGAGCUGGAAGUCUCCGGUCCGACUUGUUGCUUGGUAUAAUACAGACGGUGAAGAAACGCUGAAAGAUGAGGACUCUGGCCAUCCUGGUUCUCUGCUCCCUGGCAGCCAUCUGUCUGACUUCAGAUGCCUCCACUGGCUCCCAGCCUGCCAGUGACAACCCUGCUGAUGAGGGUAUGUUCGUGGAGAGGGACCAGGCCUCCGCAGUGGUGAGACAGAAGAGGGCGGCGGGACAGUUGUCCCUCACUCAGCUGGAGAGCCUGAGAGAAGUGUGUGAGCUCAACCUGGCUUGCGAGCACAUGAUGGACACUGAGGGAAUCAUCGCUGCCUACACGGCCUACUACGGACCAAUCCCCUACUAGAAGCCAAACUACGACAGCUGAUGGCUCAUCGGCUAUCUUUUUAUUAUCACUGUUAUUAGAAUUAUUUCCUUCGAGCUCUUCUUUUUUCCUUUAUAGCUAAGCCCAAAGCACAUACAAAUUAAGAAGUGAGUGAUGUGGAGGUAGAGAUGGAAGCAGACGUGUGCGUGGGGGAAUAAUAUCUUCAUGUGAAUUUACUUUUCCACCCACUGUGAUUCGAUCAUUUCUCCUGACCCGUAGAGUAGCGUGAUGAAACUGAAUAAAGACAAAUGAACCUG